AUGAAAUAAAUAUUAGAUCUACAGAGACUUAUUGCCUUUAGACAUAAUAUGCAUUAAAAUCCUGAAGCAUCUUUAAAGGAAUUCCAAACUCAAUAAAGAGUGAGAGAAUUCUUGCUUACUUUAAAUAUUCAAGAAGAUGUUAUUAAAGUAUGUGGAAAUACAGGAUUAAUUGUUGAUCUAAGUGGUAAUGCAGAAAAGGUUGGAGAAGAUAGAUUAAUUGCAUUCAGAGCAGAUAUUGAUGCAUUAGUAUUGAAUGAAGCUAAUGAACAUUUACAAUAUAGAAGUACAAAUGGAUGUGCUCAUAUGUGUGGACAUGAUGGGCAUACAACUUGUCUUUUAGCUUUUGCAUAAAUCUUUUNA